CUUAACACUCCACUUAUAUCAUAUGAGAUUACGCGUUCGUCAUCCUAACGGUGCCAGUACUUUGGACUCCGUGACACCUGAGCAGACAAUUGCUACCCUAAAAGAAAUCAUUGCAACAGAGAUCGGCGUGCCAUGGCAACAGAUUGAAGUUGCUGGUGGCUAUCCGCCCCGUAAAUAUACAAAUGAUGCGGAUACGCUUAAGGUCGCCGGUAUUCGCAACGGCGAUGCCCUUAACGUGAAAGUAACGGACGCGCCUGCGCAACCAGCACCCAGUACUUCCCUAAACCAAUCGCAGCAGCAGCAGCAACCACCUCAACAAAGGACAUUACAGCAGCCUACAGAAUCGCUAGGAUCUGCCGAUGUGGGAGAAGCUGUAGAAACGUCUGGUGGAUAUUUGGCAUUGAGGACUGUCCCUGAUGAUAAUUCUUGUUUAUUCCGUGCUUUAGGCUACGUACUCAGUCGCGAUACGUCAAUGUCACAGGAAUUGAGAAGUGUAAUUGCUGCUACUAUACAGGAAGAUCCAGUCGUAUAUUCAGACGCGACAUUGGGACAAAGUCGUGAACAAUAUAUUGAUUGGAUCCGAAAAAACUCUUCUUGGGGUGGUGCUAUCGAAAUUUCGAUCUUUUCAAAGCAUUUCGACAUUGAAAUCGAUAGCAUUGAUGUUCAAACUGGUCGAAUCGAUCGAUUCGGUGAAGGGUCUUACUCGGAGCGUGUGUUGAUAAUAUAUAGCGGUAUCCAUUAUGAUGCACUUGCCUUGGCACCUAUGGCAGACGCACCCGCUGACUUUGAUCAGACACGAUUCCCUGUCGAUGAUGAUCACAAUUCGCUGUUAGAAGCUGCCAAAAAACUCGCCGGAAUCUUACGUCAGAAACGAAAAUUUACGGAUGUUGCUAAUUUCACGUUGAAGUGCAAUCAGUGUCUGCAGGGUCUUGUUGGCGAAAAAGAUGCACGAGAGCAUGCAACAGCAACGGGGCAUACGCACUUUGUGGAGUAUUGAAUGAGGAAGAUGAAUCGGGAUUAUCCUUCAAUGAUGUGAACGACGCUCACUAUUAAUAUCUAGAUCACUAGCGAUAAUGUCUAUAUUUACAGUAUUUAGACACAACUACUGUCAUUGUAUUUGAUAAAACCUUUUUUAUCAGUAUCGGCUACUACUCUUGCUGCUAUCGUUCUUUCAACGGCGCCAAACUUGCCAAGUUUCUAGAAGCGCAUUGUUUUGUGCUGCUAUUGAUGAG